CUUGCAAGUGCCAGACAACUUCAGCACAAAGUGCAGCUUUGUGAGUGGUUAGGUUGCUGCAUCUCAAGCAUCCGCCAAAACACAUCCUGUGUACAGCAUAUCUGUCCUGGAGUAGAAAAUACGUAGUGGCAGAAAUAUAAUAAAUAGGAAGAAUAGUUUUAGGCACCAACCAUGCAGAGCUGUGCAAAGUCAUGGGGUGUGCUGUGCAGGAUAGUGAGGCUGCAGGGCAGGGUUGUAGGGUGCAACAGGAGAAGCUGGUUCCGUGCAGAGGGGGCGAGGAGCAGCAGUACCCGGGCGGCAGCGGGGACAUUCGUGUCUUCAUCUUCAACUUCUCCUCGACAGAUAGAGGUGCUCUUCCCGCGGCAUGAUGACUUCUCUGAGAGGCACAUAGGUCCUGGGGACAAGGAGAAGCGGGAGAUGCUACAGACGAUUGGGCUGGAGAGUAUCGAUGAACUGAUUGAUAAGACAGUCCCUGCUAGCAUCCGGCUAUCUAGAUCAUUAAAGAUGGAUGACCAAGUUUGUGAAAAUGAAAUUCUUGAAACUCUACACAAAAUUGCUAGCAAGAACAAAAUAUGGCGAUCAUACAUUGGCAUGGGCUACUACAACUGUUCAGUACCACAAGCAAUUUUACGGAAUUUAUUGGAAAAUUCUGGCUGGGUCACACAAUAUACUCCCUAUCAGCCAGAAGUAUCUCAAGGUCGCCUGGAGAGUCUCCUGAACUACCAGACCAUGGUGUGUGAUAUUACUGGGAUGGAUGUUGCCAAUGCGUCACUACUGGAUGAAGGAACUGCUGCGGCAGAAGCUAUGCAGUUGAGCCACAGACACAACAAGAGGGGGACAUUCUACGUGGACAUACGAUGCCAUCCACAAACAAUAGCUGUUGUUCAGACCAGGGCCAACUACAUUGGUGUUACUACUGAGUUGAAACUGCCUCAUGAGAUGGAUUUCAGUGGGAAAGAUGUCAGUGGGGUGUUGUUUCAGUAUCCAGAUACAGAUGGAAAAGUGGAAGAUUUUACCCAGCUGGUUGACAGAGCUCAUCAAAAUGGAACAUUGGUGUGCUGUGCUACAGACCUCCUAGCACUAUGUAUCCUGAGACCUCCAGGAGAAUUUGGAGUAGAUAUUGUCCUUGGCAGCUCCCAGAGGUUUGGUGUUCCACUGCACUAUGGUGGGCCACAUGCAGCUUUCUUUGCUGUCAAAGAAAAACUGAUACGAAUGAUGCCUGGAAGAAUGGUUGGGGUAACCAGAGAUGCUGCUGGAAAAGAAGUUUAUCGACUUGCACUGCAAACCAGGGAGCAGCACAUACGCAGAGAUAAAGCCACAAGCAACAUAUGCACAGCACAGGCCCUUCUGGCAAAUAUGGCUGCCAUGUUUGCUGUUUAUCAUGGUCCUAAUGGUCUUAAGCACAUUGCCCGGAGAGUUCAUAAUGCUACCUUGAUUCUGGCAGAAGGCUUAAAAAGAGCUGGCCAUAAAUUACACCAUGACAUAUUUUUUGACACCUUAAAGAUUAACUGUGGCUGUCCUCAAAAGGAAAUUUUGGAUCGUGCAGCACAACAUCAAAUUAACCUUCGUGUUUACAGUGAUAAUUCACUUGGGGUGUCUCUUGAUGAAACUGUUACAGAGAAAGACCUGGAUGAUCUUCUGUGGGUGUUUGGCUGUGAAUCCUCAGCAGAGUUAUUAGCUGAAUGCAUGGGAGAAGAAAACAAAGGUAUCCUAGGCACUGCAUUUAAACGAACAAGCAGAUUUCUUGCCCAUCAGGUUUUUAAUAGUUAUCAUUCUGAGACCAAUAUUGUACGCUACAUGAAACGAUUGGAAAACAAAGAUAUUUCACUUGUGCACAGUAUGAUUCCUUUGGGGUCUUGUACAAUGAAACUGAACAGUUCAUCUGAGCUAACACCAAUUACCUGGCCGGCAUUUGCACAUAUUCAUCCCUUUGUGCCUUUGGACCAAUCUCAGGGUUAUCAGCAACUUUUCCGAGAACUAGAGAAAGACUUGUGUGAAAUCACGGGCUAUGACAAAAUAUCCUUCCAGCCAAACAGUGGUGCACAAGGAGAGUAUGCUGGCCUGGCAGCCAUCAAAGCCUAUCUCAAUGCACAAGGAGAACACCACCGAACAGUGUGUCUCAUCCCAAAGUCUGCUCAUGGAACAAACCCAGCAAGUGCUCAGAUGGCCGGAAUGAAGAUUCAGCCUGUCGAAAUUGAUAAAAAUGGAAGUAUUGACAUUUCACAUCUUAAGGCCAUGGUAGAUAAACACAAAGAAAACUUGGCAGCCAUGAUGAUAACUUACCCUUCAACCAAUGGUGUAUUUGAAGAGGACAUAAGUGAUGUGUGUGACCUGAUACAUAACAAUGGUGGCCAGGUGUAUUUGGAUGGAGCAAACAUGAAUGCUCAGGUUGGCUUGUGUCGUCCCGGGGACUAUGGUUCUGAUGUUUCUCACUUAAAUCUUCAUAAGACUUUCUGUAUUCCUCAUGGAGGUGGGGGUCCUGGCAUGGGACCAAUAGGAGUAAAGAAGCAUCUUGCACCGUAUCUCCCCAGUCACCCAGUUAUCGCUCUUCAAAGUGACAAUAUUGCCAAAUCUUUGGGCACCAUAAGUGCUGCACCGUGGGGCUCCAGUGCCAUUCUGCCCAUUUCCUGGGCAUAUAUAAAGAUGAUGGGUGCAAAAGGAUUGAAGCACGCUACGGAGAUAGCUAUAUUAAAUGCUAACUAUAUGGCAAAGCGACUUGAAAAUCACUACAAAAUAUUAUUCAGAGGGGCCAGAGGGUUUGUAGCUCACGAGUUCAUUCUUGACACAAGACCCUUCAAAAAGUCUGCAAACAUUGAAGCUGUUGAUGUGGCCAAGAGACUUCAAGAUUAUGGAUUCCAUGCUCCAACAAUGUCCUGGCCUGUGGCAGGAACAUUAAUGAUUGAGCCAACAGAGUCUGAGGAUAAAGCAGAGCUGGACCGUUUCUGUGAUGCAAUGAUCAGCAUACGACAGGAAAUUGCUGAUAUUGAAGAAGGUCGUAUGGACUCCAGGAUCAACCCUUUAAAGAUGUCACCCCACACCUUGACCUGCAUUGCCUCCUCCAGCUGGGAUCGUCCUUAUUCAAGAGAAGUUGCAGCAUUUCCCUUGCCAUUUGUAAAGCCAGAGAGCAAAUUCUGGCCCACAAUUGCUCGCAUUGAUGAUAUCUAUGGGGAUCAGCACUUAGUCUGCACAUGUCCUCCUAUGGAGGUUUAUGAAUCACCUUAUACAGAACAGAAAAGAGCCUCUUCAUAGCCUGAGUACUACAUACUGUGUUCCUGUCCAUCUCCUCACCACUGCAGUUCAGCUGAAUAAGAACAACUUUCUCCCUCUGAAUUGAGGACAUUUAUAUACUGUGUAUAUAUUUUAUAUAUAUUUUUUUAUCAGGCUGUAUACUGUUAAUGAUGAUAAAAUGCUGCUAAGCAAUACAACACAUAAAUGUGGAAUAAGAUAAAAAAGACAACGUUUUAUACACAGUGCCUCAAGUUCUGUAGUGCGAUACAAUAACUGUGAUUGUAUUUCUUUCAAAACUUCCCUUGCGUCGUAUCUUUUUCAAUGUUUACUUCAGUUGUGAAAACCCUUGUUUGUGCUGUGCAUUUAAACCAAUGUAAUUUACAAUUUAGGUAAAAAAUAAAUAAAUAGAAGGUUUUUAAUCGUUGAAACAUUUUGUAAAACUUUAAAUCGCAUAUAUUUUUAAUAGGUGGCAAUGUACAAUAAUACUUUCCCUCAAAUUUAUUACCCCACACAACUUUUUACAAAGUGCAUAUUUGCAUUUUGUAGUCUAGCAGUGGAAACAGGAUGUUUCUAAUUUUAGCUUUCUCCACUUAGAGACAUUGUAAAAAACAUUUUUCAUUGUUUAAUUUUGGUUAAAAAAGUCAUUUCAGAAUGUAUUUUUUAACUCUUGUUCCUGCUCUGAAUAAAUAAUUUUUCCUGUCA